CAUGUCACUGGACCACAGCCCCACGGGCUCCCUCAUCGAGUACAACGAUGACAUCGAGGAGGCCAUGUCCCCCAACCGGAGCGUCGCCGCCGUCGCCGUCAAGGACGGCGACGCCUCCGUCUACAAGAUCAUCCACGGCUUCCUCAAGCAGAAGAACAACUCCAUCAUCAGAGUCGCCGCCAAGGUCGCCAAGAAGGCCGCUUCCAACAAGCUAUCGAGGAAGACUUCCGAUGUCUUCGACACCUUAAUUCAGCAGCAGCAGAGCAAGUGGGGAAACAAAACUGGCCCUCUGCUCUCUGGGAUAUCUUACUGCAUCGCUUCCUGCAGCAUGAUAUUGCUCAACAAGGUGGUUCUCUCCAGCUAUAACUUCAAUGCUGGCGUAUCACUCAUGCUGUACCAGAAUCUUAUAUCCGUGGUCAUUCUUCUAGCACUUGAGCUCUUCAGUGUAAUUUCAACAGAACAACUCACAUGGAAGUUGAUCAAAGUCUGGAUUCCAGUCAAUCUUAUUUUUGUUGGAAUGCUGGUUACUGGGAUGUACAGUUUGAAGUAUAUAAAUGUUGCCAUGGUGACAAUAUUAAAGAACAUGACGAAUAUUUUAACAGCUCUGGGGGAAAUAUAUGUCUUCAGGAAGGGUCAGAACAAGCAGGUUUGGGCUGCCUUGUUUAUGAUGAUCGUAUCAGCUGUGUGUGGUGGGAUGACAGACCUUUCUUUCCAUCUUAUUGGUUACACAUGGCAAAUUUUGAAUUGUUUUCUGACAGCAGCCUACUCGCUUACACUGAGGCGCCUGAUGGAUACAGCCAAACAGUCAACAAAAUCUGGUUCCCUGAAUGAAGUUUCUAUGGUGUUACUUAACAAUGCACUCUCGAUUCCUUUCGCAAUUAUUUUGAUCGUUGUCUUCAAUGAGUGGGAAUAUGUUUAUCAAACUGAAGUUAUUAGAGAGCCUAUGUUCUGGUUUUUUGCGACAGCUAGUGGAUUGCUAGGCCUGGCUAUCAGCUUCUCGUCUGUGUGGUUUCUUCAGGAGACUGGCCCAACAACUUACAGCCUUGUUGGUUCACUAAACAAGAUACCCAUUUCAGUUGCUGGUGUCUUGCUAUUCCAAGUCCCUGUUAGUGUGGAGAAUUUAUUCAGCAUAGUUUUUGGUCUUUUUGCUGGGAUAUUCUUCGCAAAGGCGAAGAUGUCCAAGUCCUAGUGUUUAUUCUCCUGACGCGACUUUAACAUGAAAUGUCUCACGGCAAGGCUAUGUACCAACUGUACAGAUAUACGUUCAGAGUUCAUUUGUCCUUGACGAGGCAAUCUGUAUUUCAUGAAAAGUACCGUUCAUUCUUUCUCAAUUUUGUUUCAUAAAAAUGGGAUGCAGAAGGCAAGUAGGUACUAGCCACCAGUUCACACUCUAGCCAAUUAUUGGUCUCUGUCAAGAAGUUGAACAGAACGAUGAUAGCCAAAUAAAAAGGAAACGAUUCAUGGCAAUACUUUGUUGGGUUUGUUCUUUCUCUCCAGAGAGCUUUCUUUAAUUUUCUGAGAUUUUAGUUCAUAAAAUAUCAGCAAACUGGAUUAUCAGAGUUGGAUAGGAUCAAGUUUUUUGAUCCUGUACAA